UGAAACAUACGGCAUACUCUUCUUCUCACUUCCCCCAGACCUAAAAGAAUUAAAUGCAGCAGCUGGAAUACCCACCCACCCUCCCUCCCCAAAGGCAAUUCUCACCCCCCUAAUUUCCUCCCCUCUCCCUCAACAAAUGGCUAAAUCCCUUCCUUCUCCUCCUCUUCUUCCCCUCCGUCAUCCCUCUCCCAAUGUCCACCCCAACCACAACCAGCACAAACUACCUCACUAACAUUGGCCUCGGCUACGCCAUCGCUAUCGCUCUCGGCUUCCUCGUCCUCCUCUCCACUCUCCUCCUCGCCUCAUACCUUUGCUGUCGCUCCCAUCGGUCUUCCAAUAACCCCAUCAACAACGGCAGGAACAGCAGUCAUAACGCCAACCCCAGUGACGGUAUCAUCCUUCCCCGCAUAAUCUUCGUCGCCGAGGACGAAGACGGAGAGACGCUUGAUGAGAACGUCGCCGUCGGGAUCGACCAGAGCGUUAUCAACUCAUACCCCAAGUUCCCGUACUACUGCAAGGAUGGCAACAUGGGUACCAAUAGUACGACGUGUUCGAUCUGCCUGUGCGAGUACAAGGAUUCGGAAAUGCUCAGGAUGAUGCCCGAGUGUCGCCAUUACUUCCAUUUGUACUGCAUCGACCCCUGGUUGAAGCUCAAUGGGUCGUGCCCGGUUUGCCGGAACUCGCCGCUGCCAACCCCGCUGUCCACGCCGCUCUCGGAGGUGGUGCCACUCUCGCAGUACGCCGCGGAUCGGUGGCGGAGGAGGUGAUAGAUUUGUGGGUUUUUUUGUUUCCCUUUAAAUCUUUCUUUUUGGGUAGUGGGUGGUUUGUGGCUUUGCUGUUUGGGUUGUUUGUUUGUAUGGUUGCUGACUGGGAAAAUUGUAAAUUUUGGAUAGUUUAGGUAUUCGGCUUUUCCUAGGGUCUUUGUGUUACUUAAUCAUGGUUUCAGUGAUCGAAAUUAGAGCAUAAAGUCUCCUUUUUUAUCUU